AUGCGCGUCGCCAUCAUCGGGGGCGGCCCAUCCGGCCUCGUCCAACUCAAAACCCUCAAAACAGCACACAACCACUUCCCCUCCAUCGAACCCUUCGAAGUCAAACUCUUCGAAUCAUACGAUAAACUCGGCGGCGUCUUCUUCCACCACGUCUACGAAGAUGCCGAGCUCGUAUCGUCCAAAUUCCUAACUACAUUCUCCGACUUCCGUCCUCGCCCUGAAGACAAUGACUUUUUCUCUUCGGAACGAUAUAGGGAGUAUCUUGAGGAGUAUGCCACGCAUUUUGAUCUUUGGAAGGAUAUCCAUCUGAGUACACCUGUCAUUGGGAUAAGGAGAGGAGAUACAAGUGAGCAUGUUGUUAAGUAUAAAGGUCCUGAUGGGGAAGAGGUAGAGUGGGAGUGUGAUGCUAUCGCUAUUUGCUCAGGCGUCCACUCAAAAGCGCACAUCCCCUCAAUCCCUGGCAUCGAGCACGUUCCCGAAGUUGUUCACUCAUCAUCCUUCAAAACUCGAUCGCAACUCGGCGAAGGAAAAACAAUCAUGGUUCUCGGCAGCGGCGAAACAGGAUGCGACAUGUGCCAUCUCGCCAUCACAUCACCUACCAAACGCGUAGUCUUCUGCCACCGCGACGGCUGGAUCGGAGCGCCCAAACGUGCACCAGGUCAAAGAUUCUUGCCGUGGCUGUUCGGCGAUGAAGAUUUCGAAGAACCGCAGUUGCCGCUUGAUGUUAGUCAAGUCACGCUUUUUGAUAGCAUGUAUGUUCAUCCUAUGGUGAGAGAUACCAUGAUUGUCUGGGACUAUUAUCACUUUUUGGCUCUGCCUGCUGGGUGUUGGAUUUGUGGUGGUUCAGAGUAUGGUGUGGAUCAGUGGGUUGGACAGGUCUUUAGUGAUCGAUUCCAUGCCUCGAGAUUAUUCUGGAACAAGGGCUGGCAACGUAUCCAGAACAACGUUUCCACCCCUUGGAGACCGACACAAUGGCCAUUAACGACGCGCAUCCGUCAAUUCUUCUUCAACACGGCCAUCAAACCAGCUAAGCGCACCAUCGACGUCGCACCUUUCCCAUCGCACUUUACACCUGAUGGAGUAGCACACUUCCCAGACACUGGCCGUCCAGAAGCGAAACUCAUCCAAAAAUCAGUCGUUAAACCAGACAUGGUUAUUCUGGCAACUGGCUAUGUUCCACACUUUCCUUUCCUCAAUACGGACUACAACGCUGGUCGUGAAGCAUACCCAGUAUCUCACGAUGCGCACGUUCGUCAGAUCUGGUCUACCGAUGAUCCAACAAUCGGCUUCAUUGGGUUUAUCCGUCCUGGCUUUGGCGCUAUUCCUCCUCUGGCUGAGAUGCAGUCUAUGCUUUUCACCACUCAUCUUCUCAACCGUGUUCCUCGACCCCUCCUCAAGGAUGACGAGUGGCAUUACCGUGUGAUUCACGCUCCCAGUGCUCGUGUAACAUAUGGCGUUGAGCACGAUAGCUACGCGUACCAGCUGGCUAAGGACAUGGACAUUGCUCCUUCUUUCACAGAUAUCCUCCGCAUCGCGCUUUAUACACCCAAGGGCUGGCGACUACCGUGGAUCUGGGCUGGAGGUGCCGCCUUCAACACCAAAUUCCGCCUCGUCGGACCAUGGAAGUCUGAUCGCGCUGCCGAGACUCUUACUGGUGAGCUGUGGGAAACCAUCUCUCGCCGCCACGGACUGUUUGGCAACGUCCCUAUGGUCGUUAUACCAGUGCUUUACCUUGGUGGUGUCAACCUGUACUACUAUAUGCACACUUUGUUCUGGGGUUCCUUGGCUAAGCUGGGUCUCUGCAAAGCGCCUGUCCCUAGGAAUGAUGUUAAGAGAAAGUUUGAAGAACUUGCUCGGAUGGAACAGAUGAAGCGGGUACAGGACGCUAAGAUGGCAGUUAGUAUUAACGUCGAGGAGGUUUCCUCUGACGAUAGCGAUUACUAG